AUGCCUGUCAUUUUUAACUUAACAGAAAUGUCUUUGUGCCGCGACAAAUAUGGCACGGGCCUUGGGUCAAAUAAGGAAGACUCGACUGAUGUGGUCGAGCCAAACUCUCAAGACAAUAAAUGCCUUCAAGCACAGCAAAUAGAAGUUUUACCUGUGAAUGACGUAAAUCCCUUCUUCAAAUCAGAGGUGAAUACUGGGAAAGACGAAGAGAGAUUCAAAUCCCUCUCCUCAAACUCGAAUAAUGCAAGGAUCGUCAAUGAAUCUGAAGCUCCUUUUGCGGAACAAUUUCUUCAGCUCACAAAUAUAAAGACGAAAGGGGGAGAUGGCGAUGUAGGAUCAGACGAGGAGGUGAAAGAGGACGCCAAAUUAGGGGACUUCUGGCUACUUCGGCAGCAGUAUGCAUCACAAGAAAGAGAGCUGUUGCAACUUCGCGAAACGGUGCGUCAACGGGACUCUUGGUGCACUGAAGCAGAAGCAGAGGUAGUGCGUUUGAGAAGUGCUUUGAUCACCUCAGAGAAGGCACGCAGCCGCCAGUCCGCCUUACUCUCUCGCAGUCUGGUCGACAGAGAAGUGAUCGCCUCCGAGGCCAGAGCCUGUGAGCGGGAGCUCUCAGAGGUGGAGGCCAAGAUCCACCAUCUUACUGCUGAAAUACUCACCAGAGAAUCGCGUAUUGUCCAGCUUGAAGACGAGGUAGCGGGGCGUCGGGAGGCAGAGGCGAAAAGUCGUCAGAUAACCAUGGCUUUUGAAGAGACACUGCGCGAGCAAGCGGAGCAGCUACGCGCCCAAUUUUGCACCGAGAAUGAGGAAGCUACCGUAGCCAAAAUAGACUGUCUGGAGAGAGAAAUUGAAAACUUGAAGGCCUCGCACGCCGAAACGAUAGAUGCCAUUACCAAAAGGGAUGAAGCAAGGGCACAGGCAGAUGCUCACACCAUCCACCAUUUGCAGCAUAAAAUAAUUCAACUACAAGCCCAGUUGGAGUCGCAAGGGCAAGAAAUAGAUGACCUAAAAAAGCGUAACAACCGACUUGAAGCAGAUCACGAGCACUUUGACCGCUUUAGUCAGUCAAUGCAAAUACGAGUUGAGGAGACGGAAGUCAAAGUUGUCCGAGAGCGGGCAAAAGCAGACCAAUUAGAGGCAGAAUUGAUUGCCUGUCGUGGUGCACUGGCGUCCUCGGAGCGCAACCUGCGUGACCUCACUUUGGAGCAGGAAGUAGCACGAGAGCGGAUUGCUGCUUCAGCUAGGCGUUUCGAGACGAUGCAUGCGCAGAUAGUAGAGCUUGAUGCUUCCCUUCGGGCCUCUGCUCAGCAAAAUAUCCUGCUUGAGGCCAAGGCAAAAGAAAGUGAGCAAACAAUUGAGGUGCUAGAGCGAAGGCUCGAUCAAGUCGAGAAGGAAGCAAAGAAGUCAUGCGAUUGGAUACGGCACUUGGAGGAGGAGAAUGUCGCCUUGAGGACCACAAAUCAACAGCUGAAUUGCACAGUUGACGAGAUGCGUUCCAGUUGCACCAACUUGAAAUGCCAAGGAGAAGAUUCUAACCUGGAGAUUGCAGAGUUGAAAAGUUUACUAACCAGAUUUGAGAUGGAGAGGGAAGCCGAUGAGGCCAUGUUGAGCGAAAGUCUCAGAGUGGCUGGAAUCCCCCUUUCCAACUGUUUGGAAGUCCGCAAUAGUGAAAGUGAGGAACCAUCAAACCUUCCACCGUCUAAGCACACACAAAAGCGUCGAGUACUAGAUGUGGCCAGGGCGGCAGCGCUGCUUACCAACAGAAUUGCCUCUGUGGAGGCAGAAAACACACGACUAGGUGAUCAGAUAGCAACUCAGGAGGCGCAUCUAGUAGAACAGCGCGCCCAGACUGCCAGUCUCAAUGAUAAUCUCCUCCAGCUGGAAGCGCAUCUUCGCAAUGCCAGAGAAGAUAACAAACGACUCAGCCUUCAGCAGGUCUCGCUAAGGCGACAGCUGGAGAGCCAGAAAUGCUCUACCGCCAGAUAUCGUGAAGAAAAGCACGUACUACAGGAGAGGCUGGCCAGAUGCGACCAAAUGCUCAAACGCACAGCUUCCUUCAACUCAUUUUCGAAUCCUGGCAAGUUUUUUAGUGACAGAGAGGUAGAGCUGUUCGCCGAGUUGGCGACUUUCUUUGAUAAGGCCAAGGGUGUGUCGAAAGUUCGGAACAAAGGAAACGAGGUUAAACGGAGUCCCACGGAGUCGGCUGAGACAGGUGUCGUGUGCCAGGACACAAGGAAACAUGGGCAGAGUCUAGAGACUGGGAAGUGCGUUUUCUUCCCUUCCUCUGCCUCCUCAGCUCAAUUAGCCAAGGUGGCCUCGGCUAUAAUGGCGGAAUGCGUGGACAGCAAGGGUCGCUUCUGCACUGACACAUUCCGCUCCCAUCUGCGGAAGGCACUAGACAUUCCACAGCACACGAUGAGCCCUCACCGCUUAAGCCACAAAGUGACCUACUGCGGAGUGGACGGUGAGACAAUCUCGGCACCACGACUAAAUGGUGAUGGUGCGGACAAAUGA